ACACUUAUUACAACAAAAAACAGAGGCAAAUAUAUCAAAUUAGCAAUGAGUGCUUGUGAUUUUUCAGCUGCGUUCACAACGACGCCGUUUCGCCAUCUUUCUUCAACUAGCUACUUAACGACGUCGUCUAAGUUCUGCUUAAAGCAGCAGCGUCAUGUCAGCAAGCGUGGAGUUAGAAUUGCUGCGUCGUCGUUGUGGCCGAACACAGACUCAACCGUAUCUCCACCGUCGCCGGCGGAAUCAAAUGGAGCUUUGGAGGUUAACGGCGCCGUUGAUAAAUCUUACUCGUUUUUGAAAGGCGAUGGUUCAAAAACAGUUCAUGCUGCUGAGAGAUUAGGUCGAGGCAUAGUUACAGAUGCAAUCACUACUCCUGUGGUGAACACUUCUGUCUACUUUUUUAAGAAAACUGCUGAUCUUAUUGAUUGGAAGGAAAAAAGACAAUUUAGCUACGAAUAUGGACGAUAUGGAAAUCCAACAACAACAGUUUUAGAGGAGAAGAUGAGUGCAUUGGAGGGAGCUGAAUCGACACUGUUCCUAGCAUCUGGGAUGUGUACAAGCUCUGUUAUGUUCUUGGCACUUGUUCCAGCUGGAGGACAUAUUGUUACAACAACUGAUUGCUAUAGAAGAACAAGAAUAUUCAUUGCCAACAUGCUUCCUAAAAUGGGAAUUACAGCCACCAUAAUUGAUCCAGCUGAUGUUGAUGCCUUAGAAGCUGCAUUGGAAAAUAACAAGGUUUCAUUGUUCUUUACUGAGACACCAACAAAUCCAUUCCAAAGAUGUGUUGAUAUUAAGCUUGUUUCAGAGCUUUGUCAUAGAAAAGGAGCUUUGGUUUGCAUUGAUGGAACAUUUGCUACACCUAUUAAUCAAAAACCUCUUUCUCUUGGAGCUGAUCUUGUUGUCAAUUCUGCAACAAAAUACAUUGCUGGACACCAUGAUGUUCUUGCUGGUUGCAUAAGUGGUUCAGAAAAGUUGAUUUCAAAAGUUCGAAGUUUUCACUUCAUUUUGGGCGGUACUCUUAGUCCGAGUUCUGCAUACCUAGUCAUUAGAGGUAUGAAAACCUUGCAACUUCGUGUACAACAUCAAAAUUCAACAGCAUUGAAGCUAGCCAAACUCUUAGAGACACAUCCUAAGGUGACACGAGUGUAUUAUCCGGGCUUACCAAGUCAUCCUGAAUAUGCUCUCGCAAAGAGGCAAAUGUUUGGAUUUGGUGGUGUUGUUUGUUUCGAUAUUGAUGGAGAUAUAAUGAGGACUAUAAAAUUUGUUGAUGCAUUAAAAAUUCCAUACAUUGCUCCAUCUUUUGGUGGUGUUGAGAGUGUUGUGAAUCAGCCUGCAAUUAUGUCUUAUUGGGAUCUUCCAAGGAAAGAGAGGGAAAAAUAUAGAAUUUGGGAUAACACUGUUCGUCUCUGCGUAGGAGUUGAGGACUAUGAAGAUUUAAAGAAUGAUAUCUUACAAGCUCUUGAGGUUAUAUAAGACCGUAAUCAUCUUUUUUGUAAUGUUUUCUCAGCCUCCUCUUUUUGUGACACGUCUAUUAAGAUAAUAUGUAACAUCCAAACUUUAAGUUCAAGAUAUGUGUAAUGUGUGACAUAAUGUCAAUUUAAAUAUUGUAUGAUACCAAUAAAUAUGGUUACAUUUUAUGUGUCAA